AUGCCUGGAAUUAAUGAUGCAAUCAAGCAGAUUGAUAAUUUGGAGCCUGGAGAACGAGUUAUAUAUACAAGAGUUGCCAAAAACCAUGGUGUUAAUUGCACAACAUUGUCACAUCAUGCACAAGGUGUUCAGAUGGAUUGCAACACCAAGAACUCCAACCAAGCCAAACUGAUGCCACCACAAGAGCAUGAGCUUGUACAGUACGUCAUUGGGCUUACAGAAAGACACCUUCCACCUACAAGAGAGAUGAUCAAAAAUUUUGUGCUUGGUAUAGCCAAAGUUGAUGUCUCUGAAUCCUGGGUUACUUGCUUCCUUUGGUGUCAUUGCAAUGUACUUACAUCACGCUGGACCUCCCCUAUGGCCUCUAAUCAACAUGGCGCUGACUCG